AGUUUUUAUAUUUUUUUUUCCAGUUGGCUCUUCCCUUUUCUCUCCACAAGAGAUUGUUUCCCUCGGUUUCAUACGUCGUAUUUUCUGUUUAAGAAACACACACGGUCUACAUUCCCUCGGUACAAAAUCCUUGAAGUAACCAUGGAAGCACUUGCGCGUCAGUCCCAUAAGCUCUGUCCUUAUUUUAAGCAUAGCUCUGCUCAGGCCAUCCGUGCCAUCGAUGGCUCAUCUCUCUCGGCCCAGGCUGUUAGAUGUCCUGUGAUGGGACCAGCGCUGGAGUCGAAACGCUCCUACGUUUCCUCGUCCAAGCCUGCAAAAGCUCAGGUUGCCACUGCGGAGGUUGAGGAGACCGAUUUCUACCCUGUAGAGCAUGCCUCUAACGAGGCUUCCUUUGACUACCAAGGUCUGUUCGAGUCUGAAGUUGUUAAGAAGAGAGAUGACAACUCUUACAGAUUCUUCAACAAUAUCAACAGAUUGGCCAAACAGUUCCCUAUGGCCCAUCGUGCAGUUGAAGAGGAUAAGGUCACCGUCUGGUGUUCAAACGACUACCUCGCAAUGUCCAAGAACGAGCAGGUUAUCGAUGUCAUGGCAAAGGCCUUGCAAAAAUACGGUGCAGGUGCAGGUGGUACACGUAACAUUGCCGGCCACAACAAACAUGCCAUCAACUUGGAGUCUGAGCUUGCUGCUUUGCACAAGAAGGAGGCAGCUUUGGUGUUUUCAUCAUGUUAUGUUGCCAACGAUGCUGUGUUGUCCCUUUUGGGUCAAAAGAUGAAGGACCUUGUUAUCUUCUCCGAUGAAAUGAACCACGCAUCCAUGAUUGUUGGUAUUCAACACUCUAAGGCUAAGAAGGAGAUAUUCAAGCACAACGAUUUGCAAGAUUUGGAGGAGCGUUUGGCUAAGUAUCCAAAGUCUACUCCAAAGGUGAUUGCGUUCGAGUCGGUUUACUCCAUGUCUGGUUCAGUAUCCGACAUUCCAAAGAUCUGUGAUUUGGCUGAGAAGUACGGUUGUAUCACUUUCUUGGAUGAGGUCCACGCUGUUGGAUUGUACGGUCCACACGGUGCUGGUGUUGCUGAGCACUAUGAUUUUGAAGCGCACAGAGCUUCUGGUAUCCGUUCCCCAGACUUCAAAACCACUCUGGACCGUGUUGAUAUCAUCACCGGUACUUUGGGUAAAUCUUUCGGUACCGUCGGUGGUUAUGUUGCUGCCAACAGAGCUAUCGUUGAUUGGUUACGUUCUUAUUCCCCUGGUUUCAUCUUCACUACUUCCCUUCCUCCAGCGGUCAUGGCUGGUGCCGCUGAAGCUAUCCGUUACCAAAGAUCGUACUUGAAGGAUAGACAAUUGCAACAAAUCCACACAACCUACGUUAAGGAUCAAUUGGAAGCCAUUGGCGUUCCAGUCAUGCCAAACCCAUCUCACAUUGUUCCAAUUGUCGUUGGUGAUGCAGCCAAGGCCAAAGCCGCGUCUGACUUGUUGAUGAAUAAGCACAAAAUUUACGUUCAAGCCAUCAACUUCCCAACUGUUCCUCGUGGAACUGAACGUUUGAGAAUUACACCAACUCCAGGACAUCACCAGGAGUUGUCUGAUAUCUUGAUCGAAGCUGUUGAGGACGUUUACAAGACCUUGGAUCUUCCAAGAAUCUCUGAUCUUGAAGCUAGAGGUGGAUUGUGUAACGUUGGUGUUGAAGGUUACGUCCCAGAGACAAACUUGUGGACUGAACAACAAUUGUCUUACACUCAAGAGGAUUUGAACAAAAACGUUUUCAACCCAAUCAUUGAGCAAUUGGAAGUGUCCUCUGGUGUUAAAGCUUAAGGAUGACCUUU